AUGAGUCUCUUCUCGUCCUUUAUUAUCGAGCCCGUUGUGCGCCAUGCACGCCGCUUCUCAGGCGUUGGCGAGGCGAGCCAUGACGGAGCUCGGUCUCUGGCAUGUGACAAUCACGACUCUGCGUCUGCGGCAGUGCCACGGCGGGAGCACGAAACGGACGCGGGCUCCGUGAGCGCACGUGAAAGAAACGGCACCGAAGCACCUCACGGCCGGCCCACAGCGCUGGGCGACGGGUUCCGACGUUACUCGUCGUUCUCGCAGCGGCCUCGCAGCGCAGUUGUUGACGAGGAGCAGAGCCAUGACGAUCUGCCAAUAGACACCCCAGUCGACAUGUCCGCGAAUCCAUCCCGCACCCUCGCUGAUCAGUUCCGUCACCUCGAGGUCGACUCGUCACGCUCGACCACGACUGCGCCGUCGCCCUCGUCGCUCCGUCCCGCCAGCACCCCCAGCCAGCAUGCCAGCGCCAUGGCUGAGCUGCUCCCCGCUGACGAUGGCAUGGCCCAUCUCCGCGAGCGCAUCCACGAGAUCCGCGCCCUGAGCAUCUCCGACCAGGAGCGCGCCCGCAUGAUCCACAACCUCAUGACGGAGAAGUACAACCACAUGCGCCCGACGUCCCCCGCGAGCUUCAUCUCACACGACCGCCCCUUUACCCCAACCUCCGGCCAGUCCCUCUUCUCCGACGUCCACGCGUCAUCGCCCUACUCGUCCACCACCGACGUGACCCCCGAGAUCUCGUACAAUCUCCGCGAGGGCGACACGAACCCCACGUAUCGGCCCCAUCACGACCACGGCGCAGAGCACGGCGAAGACGACGAGGAGGACAGCGCCGAAGGGGAGCUGGUGCUCGGCUGCCAGCAUUACAAGCGCAAUGUCAAAGUGCAAUGCUUCGAAUGCCGCCGCUGGUACACGUGUCGACACUGCCACGAUGCAGUCGAGGACCAUAACCUGAACAGGAAGCUGACACAGAACAUGCUGUGUAUGGCAUGCGGUACGCCUCAACCAGCAGCCGAGGUGUGCAAGAACUGUGAGACAGAAGCCGCAUGCUACUAUUGUGACAUUUGUAAGCUCUGGGACAACAACAGCAAGAAGAAGAUCUACCACUGCCCAGACUGUGGCAUCUGCCGGCGAGGAGAAGGUCUGGGCAAAGACUUCUAUCACUGCAAGUGUCUCCCGCGUGCUACCGAGGGCGACUGUCCAAUCUGCGGCGACCAUCUCUUCACUUCGUCUACUGCUGUCGUGUCAAUGCCUUGCGGCCACUAUCUCCACAAAGGAUGCUACAACCUCUACAUGCAGACUGCGUACAAAUGCCCAAUUUGCAAAAAGAGUGCUGUGUGUAUGGAUCUGCAGUGGCAGAAGUUGACUCAAGCAAUCGAGGGUCAGCCCAUGCCAGAGCAGUUCGCAAACACACGGGCAGUUGUCCAGUGCAACGACUGUUCAGCAAAGUCUUCUGUCAAAUAUCACUGGCUUGGCAACCAAUGCGGUACAUGCGACUCUUACAACACCAAUGAGCUCCGCAUUCUGAACGGGCCAGAGAGUGAAGAAGCUGCCAAUGCGAUACUAGACGCCGACCUUGAUUCGGGCUCGAGAUCGCCUGUGAGCGUCAGCUCGCCCUCCUCCCAAGCACCACUUCGUUCGCCUCGGUACUAUUUCCAACCAGAUGAGCCUGAAGAGACAUGGCUACCAGGUCAGCUGCCCUCUUUCCCUUUCCAGAUGCCGCAGUUUCCUGGCAGACCGCGCAUGCCGCAGAUGCCUCAGAUGCCACAAUUUCCAUCUCUACCGCAGUUCCCACCGCUGCCAAACUUCCCACAGAUACCGCAAUUUCCACAAAUGCCUCAGAUGCCUCAAAUGCCUGAUGCUGCACAGCAAAUGCUUGAACGCGUGCGCCAAUCCUUCGAUGCUUAUCUCAACCCGACGGGAGAUAUUCGAGCUGAAGAUGUGCCCUUCAUCGAUCUCAGCAACGACGACCGCGCCGAACGUCCCGCGACAGACGGUACCACGGUUAAGGAACCGUCACUCCCGCAGUACGUUCUGGAGCGGUUCACGCAGUCGCUCGUGCGCUUCAGGAACGAUUUGAAUCCGGCUUUGUUCGAGGAAAUCCCGACAUUGGACCUCUCACAAGAUCGUGAUCCCGAAGGGUUGCAGUUCUGGGGUGAAGAUGGUGGGCGGCUGAAUCGCUUCGUUGCCGGCGAUGAAGACGAUGAGGACGACGAAGAAGAGGAGAGUAGCAGCGAUGAAAGCGAACAUCAUGAAGACGAAGACGAGGAUGAGGAUGAUCUUGAUGUUACCAAAAAGCGUGGUAAGGAAUUCGACCUGCCAGGUCAUGUGUAA